AUGAAUAAAGGUGGAUCUAUUCCCCAAAUAUCAAAACAAUUUUGUGAUAAUAUUACUUCAAAUAAUAUUAAUAAUUAUUUUAAUAAUAAAAUUAUUGAUAAUAAUUUAAAUAAAAAAUUUAGUUAUUUUAUUGGUGAAAAUGGUGAAAAUAUUAUUUAUCCAGAAUUUGAAUAUUUAAUUGUUAUUGAUAGUAAUAAUUGUGAAAAAAAGAAUUUAAUAAAGAGUUGUAGUACCAAUGAUAUGAUAAAUAGUUUUGUAGUGAAUGAUAAGAGAAGCAUUGGUGCAAGUAGUCAUUAUUCAAAGGAGAGUGAGACUAGUGUCAUUGUAAUUUGGGAUUUAAUUUCAAUGAAACAAAUGACAACCAUUCAAGUAAGUAAAGGUUUUAAUGAAAUAUUAGUUUUACAAUUUAAUUUAGACUCUAGUAAAUUAGUUGGCUUAGCGAAUGAUGAGCCUAAAUUCACAAUAUUCAUAUGGGAUAUUAAACUACGUUCAAUCAUUAUCUCAUCACCCUCGACCUAUCGUGUCAAAGGAAUACAAUUCAAUCCAUUCAAUAUGCAUAACCUUUUAACAUUUGGUGAUAGACAUAUCAAUUUUUGGACAUUAAAUGAAACUAUGAUCUCAAAGAAAAAAGCAUCUUUUGGUAAAGAAUUUCAACAAAAUACAAUAAUUCAUUGUUGUUAUGUUUAUUCUUUUGAUACAACUUUCUUUGGAACCAGUGAUGGUAAUAUUUUAGUUUUUAAAGCAAAUAAUUUAAUUCAAUUAAUUAAAUUAUCACCCAAUAAUCAAAUACAACAACAACAACAACAACAACAAUUCUCUCCAAUAUUUACAAUUUCACCCUACAAUAGUAAAGAUGAAAGAAAAAUAAUUCAAUUUUCAAUUCAACAAUUAUUAUUUCAACAACAACAUCAUCAACAACAACAAUUAUUACAACAACAGUCUCAACAACAACCAACCCAACCAAUUCAACAACAGACUCAACAACCAAACCUACCUACCCAAACAAUUCAACAACAGCAAUUACAACAACAACAACAACAACAACAACAGCAACAAUCUAUACAAACAAUACAGCAACAAUUAAAUGGUAAUAUUGGAAAUUUUAAUAAUAGUGGUAGUACAGGUGCUAGUGGUGGUGCUAGUGCAAGUGCUAGUGCUAGUAAUAUAGUUUCCAGUUUUAGAAAAAGUGGAUUUUUUGUUGCUUUUGAAAAUUUAAUAUUAUUUUUUUCAUCUUUGGAUUCUUUUAAAAAUCCAAAACCUAUUGCGCAUAUUGGAAACAAUAAAAGGAAUGAUGACGAAUACAAUGAUAAUAAUAUCGACAAUAUUAAUAAUAACAAUAAUAAUAAUAAUAAUAAUAAUAAUAAUAAUAAUAAUAAUAAUAAUAAUAAUAAUAAUAAUAAUUUUAAUAAUAAUAAUAAUUCAAUUGUUUUUAUGGAUUCAUUUGAUGAUAGAUUAGUUAUUUUGGAUAAAAACAAUAAACAAUACCAAAUUAAAUUACCAUGUGAACCGAACCAAAUUGGAUUUUCACUGGAAAUGAUCCAGAUAAAAAAUUUUCCUGAAAUUUCAUGUCGCGACAAAUGA